CCGCCCUCCGCCCGCCCGGCCCUGGAGGCCAGGCUUCCCCUGCCCGAGGCCCGGGAGCCGCCGCCGCCGCCGAGGGCCGGGCCCGGGGCCCGCAGCGCGUGAAGGUGCGGACGCGGGGCGCGGGCUCCGCGCGGAGGCCUGGACGGCGCGGCCAGGUGAUGCUGGGCCCCUGUGCUUCUCCCGAGGAGAGGGGACCCCCAGAGCAGCCGUGCCCCCGGGCUGCCCCAGUGAGGCGUUUGGACAUCAGUCAGCCCUAGGGGAGGUGGGCAGCUGUGAGUUUGCCGGUCCCUGUUAAGUGCCCUUAGGAUGCAGGGCUUCAGGAAUUAGGCGCUCCCCCCGGGAGGGGCACUGCCUGCGCUGGUGCACUCGGUGCGGAGAACCGGGACAGAAUGAUGCUGUCCGAGCAAGCCCAAAAGUGGUUUCCAACCCACGUGCAGGUCACAGUGCUCCAAGCCAAAGAUCUUAAGCCAAAAGGCAAAAGUGGCACCAAUGACACGUACACUAUAAUUCAGCUGGGCAAGGAAAAGUACUCCACCUCUGUGGCUGAGAAAACCCUGGAGCCAGUCUGGAAGGAGGAGGCCUCUUUCGAGCUACCUGGGUUGCUAAUGCAGGGCAAUCCAGAGAAGUACAUUCUUUUCCUCAUAGUUAUGCACAGGUCCCUGGUGGGUCUGGAUAAGUUUUUAGGGCAGGUGGCAAUCAAUCUCAAUGACAUCUUUGAGGACAAACAAAGAAGGAAAACAGAGUGGUUUAGAUUAGAAUCCAAACAAGGAAAAAGAGUCAAAAACAGGGGUGAGAUAAAGGUCAAUAUUCAAUUCAUGAGGAACAAUAUGACAGCAAGUAUGUUUGACUUAUCAAUGAAGGACAAAACAAGAUCUCCUUUUGCAAAAUUAAAAGAUAAGAUGAAAGGGAGAAAAAAUGAUGGGACAUUUUCUGAUACGUCUUCUGCAAUCAUUCCAAGUUCUCACAUGCCUCAUGCCAGUACUGAAUUUUCAAGUGGUGAAAUACCAAUGAAAUCCAAACCAAAAAAGCCUUUCCUUUUGGGUCCUCAGCGACUCUCUUCAGCACAUUCAAUGUCUGAUUUAACCGGGACCCACACGUCUUCUGAGAAACUCAAGUCUGGCGCUGUUGGUCACACACAUCUUCUUGGACGCCAGAUAGAGUCUUUUGGAGUGGUUCCGGAAAGUGGAAGUCUCAAAUCUCCACACAGAAGAACAUUAAGCUUUGAUACUUCUAAAAUGAACCAACCUGACAGCAGUGUGGAUGAAGGUGAAUCGUCUUUCGGAAGACAAAAUGACCCAUUUACAAAUGUGACGGCUUCAUUACCCCAAAAAUUUGCAACACUGCCAAGGAAGAAAAAUCCAUUUGAAGAAAGCACUGAGUCAUGGGACAGCAGCAUGAAUUUAUUUUCAAAAUCAAUUGAAGUAAGAAAAGAAAAUAAAAGAGAGAAAAGGGAGAAAGUUAGCCUAUUUGAAAGAGUGACUGGAAAAAAAGACAGCAGAAGAUCUGAUAAACUUAACAAUGGGGGAUCCGAUAGCCCUUGUGACUUGAAAUCACCUAAUGCGUUUAGUGAAAAUCGUCAGGACUAUUUUGAUUAUGAGUCAACUAAUCCGUUUACAACCAAAUUCAGGGCUUCAAAUAUAAUGCCAUCUUCAAGUUUUCAUAUGAAUCCGACAAGCAAUGAAGACCUCAGGAAAAUCCCGGACAGCAACCCUUUUGAUGCCACUGCAGGGUACCGUGGCCUGACCUACGAGGAGGUGCUCCAGGAGCUGGUGAAACACAAGGAGCUCCUCAGGAGGAAAGACACCCACAUCCGGGAACUGGAGGACUACAUUGACAACCUCCUCGUAAGGGUCAUGGAGGAAACACCCAGUAUUCUCAGAGUGCCCUACGAACCGUCCAGGAAAGCUGGCAAAUUCUCCAAUAGUUAAUAAGCCAACUGUACUGCAUUUAUAAUUGGGGAAAAAAAGAAAGGAAGAGAGAGAAGGAAAGAAGGAAAACUUGUUACUCAAAGAGACUACACUAUCAGGUUUCAUUACAUACUCUUCUUCAUUGUGAAAAGUUGUUUUAGCUGUAAAUAUUAGCAGGGACUCUCAAGAGUGACCUUUGAAGUGAGCUAAAUAAUUUAAAGUUUUAAAGUGAAAAUGGCCAGAUCCUUGAUGAAUAAGCAGUUCCUUAGGGUUCACUUAGGUGCUGGUGCCGGCCCACUAAUCUGCCAGGGGCCUAGAAACAUCUUCAGAAGUAUAUGACUUAUUCCUCAGGAAUAGAUUUCUCAUAAAGCAGAAUCGGUACUGUGGUUGGUUUCUCAGACGUCAAUUUGUAGACACAUUUAGCCGCAGGAAUACUCAUUAUAAACACUAUUUAAAAAAGUUCAUGUUUUAUAUGCAUAUGUAUACAUGAAUGUAUGUUCAUGUAUCUUUGUAUAUAAAAUACAUGCAUAUACCUCAUAUACAUAUAUGUAUGUGUUUUUAGAACAUUUAAAAACAACUGGUUGCCUCCAAAAUUAGAGCCCCAGUUUCUUAAUUUGAAAACAUAUGUGUGCUCUAUCGAUGCAAAACAAAUCAUCGUUGCUACUCUUGUGGUUUGUGUAACAGAGAAGCUGCUUCAGAUCACUCUUGGCCGUGUGAACCUUGGUUUCAGAGUAAGCUGCUACUACGUAUUAUUCCAGAUUCAAAUUUGUGCUCUUUUUCUGAAAGUAAUGAUCCAAAGAGUGACAUAUUUUAGGAAACUUUAACAACUUCACAACAGCAUGAAUUUCUUGAAUUAACUUUUUAUCUUAACGUUUGAAUUUUAUUUAAGCUAUAAGCAGAAGAUAAGCUAAUGUAAUUUGUUGAGAUUCUGAAAGCCUUUAAAUCACUAGCAAAGAAAAUAUUAGAAAGUUAUAUCUGAAGAUAAUUUGGGGGGAAGAAAUGUAGGUGAUCAUCUGAUGCCUGAUAACCCAAAGCAAUGGGCAAAUUCUAGGAAUGAAGAAUUAGGCUUGGUUUCAAGUUACUUAAAUAAUAGAACAGAUGGUUGCAUUUGGGUCUUGAAACGAAAUAAGAGUUUCUAAAGGAGGAGUGAGUUUUUAAAACAGAUCUUUACUAGCAUGACUUUAUACACUAUUUACAUCAACCCUUUAAGAACUGAUUUAUCACAAAAUUAUAUGUUGGCUUUUUUUUUAAGUCUGCUCCCCAAAAAUGUUGAUUAUUUUCGUAAAUUAUCUUUAUGUAUUUGGACAAAAUUAGUCUGAAAUUUCAAGUUGGUAUAAAAAUAUUAGUAACCAUGUACUGCUUAUGUUUUACCUUAAAAAUCUAAAAUGGUUACCAUGAAGCAUUGAAUCUACGUCUUCUGAAUUUAAAAUGAAAAAUUCACCUGUACAUGGGGACUAUAGUCCCCAAUCUUUUAAUGAGCUGCAUUUUAGUCUAAUAUUUAUCUCUACUAAGACUUCAUUGAAAGUUAAAUACAAAGCAGACGUAGUAAUAGUUUUGUUCGUUUUAAUAUUUGGAAUCAGAUGAUCUUGGCCAGGCUUAGAUUCAUGAGCCAAAAUUCCUUGUUAUUUGUAUUUUCUGAGUUUCUUUAGUUUCCUUCUGAGAGUAUACAUUUUGAAAUUCUGAAAAUUUUUCCCAAAUAUAAAAAAUUAAAUCAUUUUUAAGAUGAAGAACUGUAGAAGCAAAAGUAGCUUUUACCAACUUUUCCCUCCAUUCUAACUUUCUGUAAUAAACCUCAAAAUCUGGUGUGGAAUUUUAUUUUCCCAUUUGAGGUCUUGGUAAUUAUUAUUUUUUAACAUGGUGCCAUUUUUAGUUAACAUUUAUUAAAUAGUACAAAAUUCUUAGCAUUUGUCUUUUCUGUUAGUAUAAUUGAAACUCUUCUUACACUUUUUAAAAUCCCAAAUCCAUGUGUUUUCAGUAUUAUGACAUUAUCUGUAGAUCCUUUAAUAUGCUUAGGCCUAAUUUACUGUUUAUAGAAUGACAUUAUCUGUAGAUCCUUUAAUAUGCUUAGGCCUAAUUUACUGUUUAUAGAAUGAACCGAGAUGUAAGUUUUGUAUUAGGGGACAUGUUUUAUGUAAAUAGAGUUCGUUAAAAAGUGUGGUUCAGGUACUACUAUUCUUUUUAUGACAAAAUUCAUUUUUAAGGUGAGAUUCUUUGCCUGUAAAAAAAACUGUUAAGGAUUAGACUUCUCCAUCCGUGAGUGAUCUGGUUAUAAUGGAAUCAAUAUUUUUAUCUUUAAAAAUGAGACAAGAGUUGUAUUGGAAACUGCAUCUGCAUUUAUCACUGCCUGAGAAUGUUCUGUUUCAAUGUUGGUGAACUCCCACUUGUGACUAGAGUAAAACUGAUUCUAUAUUUCAUAAGUGAUCAAUGUAAUAAAAUAACCAAAAAGUAAAAACAAGUCCCAAGGAAAUAUAUCAGUGUUGCCUGUGUUUGGGCGAAGCGCAAACCGAGUAGUUUUAAUAUCUAGCAUUGCAGAGAAAGGUCAAAAAUCAUAUCUUUGUUUAUUUUUUGAAAAUGUAACUUUUGAGUGUUUCUAAUGGUAUAUUUUGUUAGUAGCUUAGAAAUGGAAAUAAAAUAUAUGUAACUCGAUAAAUAAUGCACAGCACAGUUGACUUAUAAAUAGAUUUUACUUUUGCUUUCAUGCUUAAAAAAAUGCAUGCUCAAAAAUAUUUCCACUAAUAAGAGGAUUUUUUAAAAACCACAGGAUUGAUAUUUAUCUCAAAUGUGUCUUAAGCUAACAUACUUCUGUUACAUGCUUAAAAUAUUUCUGCUAUUAUAUUUAAAACAGUAUUGUUUUACAGCCAGUUCCUCUCCCGGUUCUCAGAUUCAGCCUUGAAGGUAUUGAACAUGCUGUCCUCCCACUUAGGCUUCAGGUUUCAUUUACUGAAUACCAGGGUCCUAUCUUAGAACUGUAUAUAAAAUGAUGUGUCACUCAUUCAUGCAAAAUGUUCAAGUAUUGCUUUUUGCUGCUAUAUUCUUCCUUGAGCCCAGUUUUGCCGUCCUCCCAUGAAUGUAGUAUUAUCCAUAGAUUAUACAUAAUUACAUCUCUUGCUUUUGGCAGUAAAUGAAGAUUUCGUUGUAAUUUUCCAGCUGUGAAAAUGUUGCCUUGUGUUUAAAAGGGUUUCAUGAAUGGAAACCUAAGUAAAACUCAGCCCGUUAGUGACAGACUUGCUUUCCUCACAUCCUUCCUUCACCAGCUUCUCCACCCUCACACCCCCCACCCAUCACCCCCAGAAGGGUGCUUAUGCUUUAGCAAGGAGAAUCUUAAAACAAAAAAAAACACAAAAACAGGGAAACAGUCUUUAGUAUAUCUAGUAAUUGAUAGACUAGAGCUUUUAUUUCCCUGUGUGGCUUUUUAGGAAAAGCAACCUACCUUGGAUUUGUAAAUCAAGCUGAAACUUUUUGAUGUCCGUGUACUCAUAUGUCAUAGAUACAGUAGGUGUCCCUUGUGUGUGUAAAGUGAAGUACAAAGCAUGCUCCUUCGCCCGAUCUCUUUGAAGUAAGAGGUAAAGGAUCACAGCGCUGCUGGUUCAUGAUGGGAGAUGUAAGGUCUGUCAGCACGCAGUGAAAGCCCCCAUUUUCACAGAUUUAUAACUUUAAUAAUCAGUGGAAGUAUUUAAUAUGCAGUAGGUAGCACCUUAACUAAUUAAUCUGCAUAUGAAGGGUUUUCUGAUGUAUUUAAUAAGAAGUGUAGAUGCUCCUCGAGCAUUAAACUAGAGUUGACGUUUUGUUUCAUUUAUUUUCUACGCCAAAAAGAUCCACUCUUAUAAUGGAAUUGAAGUCUGCAACAAAUGAUACAUUGGGCCUAUUAAUCUUCAAAGCUUCCAGGUGGUCUGUCUUUUGAGGUACACAAAAAUGCUGCAGAUCUAGAAAUGUAUAUAUUUAGCAGGUAUUUGAAUGAUAGAAACAUUAUUUAUAACUGAGGAGUAUUACACUUAGUAGGUAAAAUGCCGUAGUAACUCGUAUACUUUUUUGCAGGUACAAAUUCAAAAGUGUGUAAGCAUUGCAUAAUGUGACAGUUGUAUAAUUUAUGUAAUCUGAUGCAUGAAUCAGAAUUUUUAUAUAAUGUAUGAUAUUGAUUUAUUAUAGUUGAUUAAAGUAUUAAUCUUAAA